AUGACUAAGAUAGAAGUAGCUAGUCCUGUUCUUCUUCAGCACAGACUUCAGAUUAAAGUAGUGACUGAUCUCGUUGAUGAUCUAUUUUCUCUAAAGUUAACACUAGUUAAGAGUUUUGAUAUUCUAAACGCUCGACAAUACGACAGUGACGGUGAAAUCCAUGAUAAGCCUAACACUACUCCACUUCCUAUCCCUAACACUACCUUCAUCCCUACUACCACAAACUCCAUGGAGCUUGAGUCACCCAAAAAAGAAGUGGCCUUUAAUAAGGAGAAUUGUCGAAAAGUUCUAGCUAAGAUGGUAGUGUUAGAUGAACAUGCAUUUAAAGUUGUGGAAGGUGAAGGUUUUAAACAUCUCAUGAAAGUGGUGCAACCUAGAUUUUUUGUUCCUAUCAGAAUGACAGUUCCUAGAGAUAUAUACCAACUUUAUUUGGAUGAAAAAGUAAAACUAAAAGAGGAGUUGAUCAAAAUGGGUCAAAGAGGAAUAGAGAAGGUGUUUGCCGUGACUGUGGACAAUGCAUCGGCAAAUGAUGUAGUUGUUAGUCUUGUUAAGAGGAGAAUCAAUGCAUGGAAAGGGUCUAUUCUUGAUGGUGAUUUUAUGCAUUUUAGGUGUUGUGCUCACAUAGUGAAUUUAAUUGUGAAUGAGGGCCUAAAAUAUUUGCAUGAUUCAAUUGCUGCUAUUCGUAAUGUUGUGAGAGGCUUGAAGCGAGGACGUUACAGGUCAUCUCCUGCACGAUUGGGAAAAUUCAAAGCUUGUGCUGAGAGAGAAAAGAUUGAUUAUAAAGGUGGUUUGAUUUUAGAUGUGCCUACAAGGUGGAACUCAACUUUUAUGAUGCUAGAUGUUGCUAUUAUCUUUGAGAAAGCAUUUUCAAGGUAUGAGGAGGAAGAUGAUAGAUUCUUGAGUUACUUCAAUGAAAAUGAAAGUGGGAAGAAGAGAGCUAGACCGCCUACUAGUACCGAUUGGGAGAGUGCUAAGAUAUUUGUCAAGUAUAAGAUGAAGUAUCUUAAAUAUUGUUUUGAGAGUGUUUAUGAUACUGAAAUUGUUACAAAGAUUGUUGCUGUUGCUGUUGUGCUUGAUCCUAAGUGGAACAAACCCUUCAACGUUUGUAUACUUACUAUAGUAUGGAGAACAAAUCUAAGAUUGAGGGGUGAAAAAGACAAUAGUAGUGUAUCACCACCAAAGAGUGAGAUCAAGCACAUUCAUAAAAGAAAAUCAUUAUCUCUAUAUUUGCAACAAGAAGUGAUGAAGUGUUUGAGUGAGAAGAUGAAUGAUAUUGAGAGGUAUUUGAGAGAUAAGAUCGUUGAUCCAAUGACUUCUUCAUUUGAUAUCCUUACUUGGUGGAAGGAUAAUGCUAGGAGGUACAAUGUUUUGUCAUUGAUUGCAAGAGAUGUCCUUGCUAUUCCUAUUUCUCUUGUGGCCUGCGAAUCUGCUUUUAGUACUAGUGGUCGUAUUUUAGACUCAUUUAGAAGUUCUUUGAGUCCAAAUAUGGUAGAGGCACUAGUUUGCACUCAGAAUUGGUUGAAGGCAUCACAUGAAAGCAUUCAAGUUGAGAAAUACUUGGAUGACAUUCAAGCAUAUGACUUUCUUGAAGAAGAUAAUUCGGAUAAAGGAAACGUAACAUCAAAGGAGAAGAGGAAAAUUGAAGCUUGUGGUCGUUGA